AUGGAUGAUCAGAGGGCAUAUCUGGACUCUCCUCAGCUCAAGCUUUGCAAUGGCACCCGUUUCGUGGGCUUUAGUCAUCUCUUCAAAGCUUUAACUGAAAAACAAAUUAUCACCUUCAAGGAUGAAAAUCUUGACAGAGGAGAACGGAUCUCAAACGCCCUCUUGCAGACAAUCAGAGAAUCAUAUGUUUCAGUUGUUAUUUUCUCGAAAAAUUAUGCAUGUUCUACAUGGUGUUUGGAGGAGCUCGUGACAAUACUUCAGUGUAACAAAGAGAUGGGACAAGUAGUACUGCCUGUCUUUUAUGAAAUAGAUCCAACUGAGGUGCAGGAAUUGACAGGCAGCUAUGGCAAUGCACUUAUGAACCAUCGAAAAGAAUUCGGAGAUUGCUCAGUCGAGAGCUGGAGCCAUGCUUUGAAGAAAGUAGGUGCGAUGGCAGGAUUUGUUUCGUGGGACACCAAGCCGGAGUCAAAACUAAUCGAAGAAAUUGUCAAUCACAUUUGAAAGAAAUUAAAUCAAGCAUUUUCUUAUGAUCAUUGUGAUGAUGGCUGUGAUGAUGGUUUAAUUGGAAUUAAUUCACGUAUCAAAGAUAUUAAACAAAUUUUAUGCCGUGAAUCAAAAGGUGUUUGAAUUUUAGGAAUAUGGAGAAUGGGAGGUAUAGGAAAAACAACUCUCGCUAGGAAAAUAUUUGAAUGGAUUUCGUUUCAGUUUCACAGUUCAUAUUUUAGUAGAAAUGUGAGAGAAACAGUAGAAAAAAGCACAUUAGAUUCUUUACAAUGUGAAAUUCUUUCCGGACUAUUAGGGAAAGAAUAUUCAGAUCAAGGCAUGCCUAUCAAAAUAUCCUCUUUUUCAAUUAAAAAAUGGAUAAUGCGGAAAAAGUUCUCAUUGUUCUUGAUGACGUAAAUGAUUCAGAGCAAAUAGAUUUUUUGGUAGGGGCUCGUGAUAUUUAUGGUCCAGAAAGUACAAUUAUUAUGACAAGCAGAGAUCAAAAAAUUCUCAAGUACGGAAAUGCCGAUAUAUAUGAAGUUAAAGAAUUGAAUUCUGAUGAGGCUUUUAAACUCUUUAUCUUGCAUGCUUUUAAAGAAAAUCCUCCUGCAGAAGCACUAAUGCAAGCGGCAAGGAUGGCAGUAGAGUAUGGACGAGGCAAUUCAUUAGCUCUUAAAGUUUUGGGUUCCCCUUAUACGAUAAAAAUAUAGAAGAAUGUAGAGAUCACUUAAAAAAAAUUGGAGGAUAUUUAUGAUAAGAAAAUUCAAAAUAUACUGAGAAUAAGUUUUGAUGAUUUAGACGAGGACGAAAAGGAAAUAUUCCUUGAUAUUGCAUGUUUCUUUAAGUCGGAGGAC